UUUAGCUUGGUUCUUUUUGAGGGUCGGCGCCUUGACACGCAGAAAUCAAUCCUUGCGGCUUUUUUAAUAUAAAACUAAGACAUUUGUGAGAUAAAACUCGUUUAGAGAUGUUUUAUCAUAUCUCUUUGGAGCAUGAGAUUCUCCUCCAUCCAAGAUACUUUGGACCUAACCUUUUGAACACAGUAAAGCAGAAACUGUUCACUGAGGUGGAGGGAACAUGUACAGGAAAGUAUGGCUUUGUUAUUGCAGUAACCACAAUCGAUAAUAUUGGAGCAGGUGUAAUACAGCCUGGCAGAGGUUUUGUGCUGUAUCCCGUCAAAUACAAAGCCAUUGUAUUCCGUCCCUUCAAGGGGGAAGUUGUGGAUGCUGUUGUCACUCAAGUUAACAAAGUCGGGCUCUUUACAGAAAUUGGCCCCAUGUCCUGCUUCAUUUCUCGUCAUUCUAUUCCCUCUGAGAUGGAGUUUGACCCAAACUCAAAUCCUCCAUGCUAUAAGACAGUUGAUGAGGACAUUGUCAUCCAACAAGAUGAUGAAAUUCGACUGAAGAUUGUGGGAACUCGAGUGGAUAAGAAUGAUAUUUUUGCCAUUGGAUCUCUAAUGGAUGACUACCUGGGUCUUGUGAGCUGAUUCUUCUGUCAAGAAUAUGGGAAAUAUUAAACUUGAUGGUGUGAGGAUGCUAUGUAGUUUGUAUAUACUGUAUUUAGAUUUUUUUAUGGUCUCUUUUUAUCCCCAUUUUGGUAUAUCUAUAGUUUUCCCAUUACAACAGUUUGUUUUGUGAAACAUCAAGUCGAAUGGGACCAAAAUGUUGCUGUGGUUCUACAUGAUGGACAGAUUUUGUACCAUUUCAUUUAUAGUGAGGCAGCAGAGAAAAGAGGGAUAUAGAGUUCUCCGGCUGUUGGAAGAUUCUGUAAGCAGUUUACAAUCACGUUUUGGAAGGAGUCAUUCAUCACGUUGUUUUUAGAAGUUAUUCAAUCUCAUUAUUAUAUAAGGUCAUUUUUAGAAUUAUUUUUUGUAAAUGCUAGCCAGCCUUUUGUUCGAUAUUCUUUUGUAAUACAGCACUCAUACAAUUUUGACCGUA